AUGACUCGAACCAGGAUUAAUACAAAGCAAGGAGAACCAUCAGCUCCUCGGAAAUUGAGGUCAAAGGAGACACCAAAGAUUGAUUCGUCCUUGUUUAAUUACGAGGAGAAUCCAAAUAUAAUUGAUCCAGAUCAAAGAAUAUUUAUUGUUGACGAAAAGGAAGUUGGUGAAGUUUUACAAAAUGAUAUCAAAGUUGAUCAAAAAUCAUUCAGCUUUGAGACAAAUUUAAAAACUGUGGAUGAUUUGAAUAACAAAAAGAAUGGCUCUUCAAAAAGACGUAAACUGAGGAAAUCAACAAUAACUCGUCAACAACCAACAGAUCCAUUGAACGAUGAGCUUUAUAUCCCAUAUAAUAGACGGAUGGAAAAGGAGGAAAAGAAGAUGAUAAACUGGGAAAGAGAGAAAAUCUACUCUGAAGCUGAUAAGAUGAAGGCUCAAUUAGAAAAGCUGCAUCAAAACGAUUGGAUGAAAUCACUUCAGACAAUCACCUAUAUUAGAGAUCCAAGGGAUCAUAAAGAGAUGAUGGAGAAAAAAGAGUGGACAAUCGAAUCAUUGAAAGGUAUGCUCAAACGGUUCGAGGACUGGAAAAGAUGCGAAGAUAGGGUAUUGGGUAGAAUACGUGCGUCAUCGCCUUCUUUAAUCCAACAUCCAUUCAAAUAUUAUACAAACAUGCCAGAUGCUGAUUUGGUACAAGACAGUGACACUGAUGAAGAUGAAAACAAUAUGACAAUUCCACAGAUUAGAAGACUUCGUCUCAGGAAAAAACUGGAAAAGUUCGGUCCUAUCAUUAAGGUAAAAUUUGGCACAAAAGUUAUAAUUGCAGAGCCUUUCAAAGCUACAAGAAUUGAAAACCGUUAA